GCGACCGAGCUUGCGUCGCACACGCGUGACGUAGGAGGCAGGCGGACAAACAUGGCGGCCUGUGGCAGGAGGCCGGAGCACCGCGGGCCCCCCGAAAUGUUUUAUGAUGAAGCCGAAGCCCGGAAAUAUACACACAACUCUCGAAUGAUUGAGAUUCAGUCGCAGAUGUCCGAACGGGCUGUAGAAUUGUUGGGUCUCCCGGAGGACCGUCCGUGUUUCUUGCUGGAUGUCGGCUGUGGCUCUGGAUUGAGUGGCGAUUACAUCUCCGAGCAGGGGCACUGUUGGGUCGGCCUGGACAUCAGCUCUGCAAUGCUGGAUGUGGCUACGGAGAGGGAUGUGGAGGGAGACUUGAUCCUUGCAGAUAUGGGCCAGGGAAUCCCCUUCCGGCCUGGGACGUUUGACGGCUGUAUCAGCAUUUCCGCCGUGCAAUGGUUGUGCAACGCCGAUAAGAAGACCCACAGCCCUCCGAAGAGGCUGUAUUGGUUCUUCUCGACUCUCUAUACCGCUUUGGCUCGAGGAGCCCGUGCUGUACUGCAGAUGUACCCAGAAAACUCUCAGCAGCUGGAGCUGAUCACCACGCAAGCCAUGAAGGCGGGUUUCAGCGGAGGGAUGGUGGUGGACUACCCCAACAGCGCCAAAGCCAAGAAGUUCUUCCUCUGCCUCUUUGUUGGCACAACGGACACGCUCCCGAAGGGCCUCGGAACAGAGUGCAGUGAAGAAGCGGCGGCCCGGGCGAAGUUCACCAACGAAAGGACGCGGUUUAGAAACGCCAAAGGGAAGUCGGCAAAGAAGAGCCGGGACUGGGUCUUCGAGAAGAAAGAGCGGAGGCGCCGGCAGGGCAAGGAGGUGCGGGCAGACACAAAAUACACGGGCCGGAAGCGUCGGCCUCACUUCUGAAUCCCCUGCUCAGCCGACUGGACCGUUCGAGGGCUGUGGAGUGCUUGGUGCCAGGCUGCGAACCCCUAAGAAGUCGGGGUGGUGGUGGUGGAUGCCACCAGAGGACUUGCACACAGAGAACUCCCUCCAGGCGGGGUCCCCCCCCCAUCCAUCCCUGGCUGCCUCAGCCUCUCCUCUUCUACGGGUUCUUGCCACCUCUGGAUGAAAGAGACUGCGUGGGACCUGCCCGCCUGGCUGUGCCUGGGACCACCUCCCUGUUUACUUGCUGGAAGGCUCCUUGCCAACGCCCUCCGUCCCAGAUUUGGCCUUCCUUACCGCGCCGGCUCACCUAUUAAACGAGGCCUUGGAAAC